AUGUCCCACAACAUAAAAUCCACUUUCGCAUCCGCCAGCAUUGUGGCUGACGAGUGCAUAUAUGACACUGCAUCACAAAGCGAUGAGUCAGGACAGGGCCGCGUCGCAGCCUCGAUACUCGAAUCCAGAGUAGAGAAUGGAAGAACGUAUCACAAAUAUAAGGACGGGAAGUACUGGGCACCCAACGAUGAGCGAGAGAAAGAAAGACUCGAUCUGGUGCACAAUCUUUACCUCUUGACUUUCGACAAUAAUCUCGGAACUGCGCCGCCUAACCAACUGGACUCGGGCGUCAGACGUGUGCUCGAUGUGGGUACGGGGACGGGGAUAUGGGCGAUUGAGUUUGGCGAGGACCAUCCCGAGGCCGAUGUUUUGGGAAUUGAUUUGUCGGCUUCUCAGCCCGAAUUCGUCCCACCCAACGUUCUGUUCGAGAUUGAUGAUAUCGAGGAACCAUGGACAUUUACGAAACCCUUCGACUAUAUUCACAGCAGAAUGAUGAAGGGUAACUUCUUCCCUCGCUCGGACGAUAACAGCAUCCCGGAAGGCAGUAAGCUCAUGAAGGCUUUUGAGCUCUGCUUCGAAGCACUCGAAGUUCUUGGCUCCCCGUUCGAAGAAUUCGGGCGGUUUGAGACUCUUCUCGCAGAGGUUGGCUUUCAAGACAUCCAGGUCCAUCGCUUCAAGUGGCCUACAAACACGUGGCCCAAGCACAAGAAAUACAAGUUAUUAGGCGAGUGGAACCAUGAAAACCUGUCACCCAACCUAGACGGGCUCCUCAUGGCACCAUUAACGAGAGCUCUAAACAUGAAGCCAGCCGAGGUUUAUGUCUACGCCAUGGAGGCUCGUAGGGAACUCGCCGAUAGAACUAUUCAUGCCUACUUCGAUGUCUGGUCAAUCCAUGGACAGAAGCCCAUGUGGUGCUGA